AUGGCGCUUGUAGACUCUCCAGACACUGGAGGCGACGGAGCUUUGGCAGCAGCUGCAAAGGAGGCCCCUCCAGAUCACGACAUAGGGGCGCCCUUCCCUCUGACCCCACGCAAGCUCCCUUUGUACCAUGAACUCCCUAGAAUCGGCUUCUCGGCAGAGAGCGCAGCAGCUAUCGCUGCUGCCGCGCGGUCCCAAGCGGCAGGCAGUCAUGCUGCACGUGCCUCUGGUGUGACAGGUUCGCCUUCCCUCGAGACAGGUCGAGACAGCUUGACUGCAGAUGCUACGGGAACCCCAGGAGAGGUGGUAACAGAAUCUGCUGCUGCGGGGCCCUCUUCCUCCUCCGCGGCGUCUCCCUGGCCCUUGGGUGGGGGCGUUCAUUUGCUGCUGGCAGUUCAUGGUCAUCGUGGAUCGUGGACGGCGUUUUUUCCCGUUUCUGAGGCAGUUUUAGUCUCCGGGAGUUGGGGAGGAAGCAAGCUGUACAGACACCCCCCCCAGGCUCUUCCGCUGCCUCUCGAGGCGCAGCCUCAGGCGCAGCGUCCCAGCAGGUGGCAUGUCUUCUCCUUGGAUUUCAACGAAGAAGCGACAGCGCUACACCCAGCGCUAGUUGACCAGCAGGCUGAGUUCAUUUUCUCCUCUCUGCAACGUCUGCUGGACGUUUACAAGGCGGCGGGCAAGCAGGUGGUGCAUGUGGCGCUGUUGGCGCACUCUAUGGGGGGCCUCUCUCUUCUGAGGGCUGUCUCUAUCCAGCAACGCGCCCGCCGUGGGGGAUCUCCGGUCGAUUUGCAGGCGCUUUCGAUGCUGUCGCUACUUUUUGUCAACUCGCCUGUGGGCGGCCACCAGCUAGCGCAGCAGAUGGCGAGCUUUUCCUGGCUGUACGCACAGGUGCAACGGGAUGUUGCGCGCGUCUUCGCGACAGAGCGGCGUGGAUUUAUCGCGCAAGACCAGGAAGAUAAGCGGCAGGCAUUGCUUCUGCCAAGGACGAUUGGCGUGUAUACUGUGGCUUCUGGCUUUCACGAUAACUUGGUUCACGAAUCUGUGGCAGGCUUUCCGCGGGAGAGCCCAGAAGUGUCUCCGGCGUUCCUAUGGGCACGCUCGACCCUCAGAGUGUCUAAGCUGCGCCUCACUUCUCAGCGGCGACAGCUGCUGCAGCAAGAGCAGCGGAGGGGAUUCCAGCGCCUCAACAACAGACAGGAGGAUCAGACAGAGUCCACGGCAUUCUCCAGCAGCGGCCGCCCCGGAGACACUGUCGAAAAGCUCGGCUGUUCAGGCUUGCAGGGUGCAGCCAAAUGCGGCCUGCUAGCCAAGAAUGUUUACUACAGGCACGUCUCGCUGCCUCUCACAGGGGGCGUUCACGCAGCCUCCUGCCACAAGUGUCCCCUCGUUUCGAUGCCCGAGAUGCGGAUCCUCGUGCAACUGCUGCAGGCACAGGCAUCCCUGGCCGAGCAGCUCACUCCAACAGUUGCCAUUCUCCAGACAUUUCUCGAGAAGCAACGCGAGUACGAGCAGCGACGGCAGCCGCAGGAAGACCUUUUUACGCCUCCGGAUCAGCGAGCGAGACUUCUGGAAGAACAGAUAACGGCUUUAGGCGCAGCCCUAGAUUCGGGAGCUGCGGUGCUUCGCUUUUUACGCCUGCAGCUGCCGCCUUUACUGCAAUCGGGAUUGCAGCUGCUUCAUCCCCUCUGGAGGCUCACGGAGCGGCAAGAUGCGCUUGCUCUAGUGCUCUCGGCUGUAGAGACUGAAGUCAGGUACCAACUGCACUUUCCAACUCGUUCGGAAGAGGGUCGCCUCUCGAGGCUUCUAGCGUCUCCCUCACCCGAUGCAGCAGAAGCGCUCACUCGCCUUGGCCUUUGCAGCGCCUGCAGCAGACACGCAACCUGCAGCUUUCCAGAAACAAUGCUUGCCAUUCUCUUCAGGACAGGCACUCGCAAGGCACUGCCCAAAGAGCGGCACAAGGGAGCACCUGUGGCAGGAACAGGAGGGCCUCGCGAAGAUGAAGAGGAGCUUUGUUGGGAUGCAGCAACCGAGCUGUUGCUGCUGCCAACCCGAAUACAGGCGGCGCUGCCGCUGCUGCAGCAGCAUGUGCUGCGGCUGAAGCUAGGACUCACAGGGGAGGACGAAACACCCCUGCAAACAGCGGCAGAGGAGGCCAAUCAAGAGGGGCUGUUGGUGAAGCCCUCCAACGCAUUCACAAGAGCCAAGCUUCUCGGAAUGCUCCCAGUGUCGCCAGAAAGUGUGCUGCCUCUCCCGGUAGAAACGCAGCGACUGCUGCGUGAGGCGAUGAAAGACUCCGCCUGCAGCAGCGGCUGCAGCAGCACCGUCAGCCCAAGCGGAGGAGAUACCAGAACCCCCUGCAGGGGAAACUCCCUGCAGGAGGCUUUGCGGGAGGGGUGCAGCAAGUCGUGGGGUCCCUUCACCGUUUAUCCCCUUAAUCUGCAGCCCUCUCUGCUUUGGCCUGAUCUCGGGGGAGUGCUGUCUUCCUCAUCGAACGCCAGGGUAGGGGGAGGCGAAAGACAAGGAGGGCCAAGGCUUCCAAGAAUCAAUCCCCUCCCCCUCCCUCUGCUGUCUUUGCAGCCCGAUGAACCGCUGGCUUCCACUCGAUACUUCUACAACACGUUUUUUGAUGGUCGUGGUAUCAGGCCUUGCGACCUGCGAUUCCUUGCCCAGCCGCUGCCACAGCAGCAACAGCCACAGCUGAAUCCUCGGGGCGCCAAGUAUCAGCAGCAGCACCUGCAUGCAGCUUUGCUUUCUCACAUUGCGGCUCUAGCAGCUGCAAGGGCAGCGGCGGCUGACAGGGCUGGCACUCCAGAAGAGAAAGCAGCAGCAGCAGCAACAGCCAAUGCUGCAGCGACUGCCGCUGCUGCCGCCGCCGCGCAAACCUCGGGAAGACGGACUUCCUACCUUCCCAGGGGACUGAUGCUGCUUGCAGUGGAGCAUCCAGCCUCUGCAAAGCUGAAGGUGCUUAGGCAGGUGCAGCAGCAGCGCUCACGGAACGCAGCUCUCAAUGCAGAGGCAGCGCCAGACACAGCCGCUGUCGCUGCAGGCGUUGGACUGGAAGAGUGCAGCCACCCAGAGCUGCUGCAGCGUGUGCUACAUAAGAUUGACGCUGAGACGGCAGCGGCAAGUAUGGCGCAGUCUGCAGCAGCAGCAAAAGAAGCGGCAGCUGCAGCAGACGCCAAGGCUGACACGGCAGACAUUGGCUCAUUUUGUUUCUUUGUCUUGCAACCCGAUGUGCAAACGGGGUAUCCCCUCCGCAGCUGCGGCUGGAUGUUCAACGGUGGAGGGUCAGUCCUCACCUCUCUCGCAGCGUCUUCCAAGCAGCAGCAGCAGCAGCAGCAGCAGCAGCAGCAGCAGCAGCACUCCCGACACGAAGAAGAGCCAAUAAAGCGACCACAGCUUCCCAGUGCGUUUUUACUAGGCGUCGAUGUGAGCGCCUUAGGGUUUCUCGAGGCUCCCCAAGAUGCUGGUAGCUUCACUGCGUGGGCUGCUGCUUCUGAGCAGCAGCGGCACGAAAUGCCAGAAGAAUUUGCAUCAGCACCUACAAUGCAGUUUGAGAGCAGCUGGAUUGAGUGGAUUGCACGCAUUGGGCUGCCGUUCCGCAUUCUUUUGUCCUCCAUAACUCCCAUGAGGGUCAGCGUUCCCAUGUCUGCUCACACCCUCACCAUGGAUUACAGCAGCGCCAGUUUCGGAAGCUCAGUGGAGACAGCAGCAGCGAGAGCUGCUGCCGCGUCUACUGCUGCGAAUGCGGGGAGGCUGGGCAUGCCGCAGUUGGUGUGGCUACCGUAUGUUGAACGCUGGGCGCAUUUCACGCCUUACGACAUUACGGUGAGCGUCCGUCGUGUGAGUCAGCAGCAGCAGCAGCAGAAAAAGGACACCAGCAGCAGCAGCAGCAGUACAGCACCAGCAUGGCUACCCAGAGUGACUGCACCAAACUUUGUGUGGCUGAUGACGUGGCCGUACCGCUCAGACAGGGGCAUCGCCGUCCGACGUGUGGCGGGUCUUUUGGCUGUUGCUGGCACCCAGCGUGCCUCAAGGCGGCGGAAGCCACAAGAAUCGCAUUGGUUUCUACGAUGGUUGAAGUCGCUCUUUCAACUGCAGGAUAUGGAAGCCUCUCUGAGCGUACUGGCCAUACGCGUGCCUGCCGCCUCUUCUGCCACGAGAGGCCUCCUCCCUCCCCCUGCAUUGCCUCUAAGGACGCCUGCACGCCGCUCCAAGCCAUACAUCCUGCCCACGCCGUCACAGCCGAUGGACGCUGGUGGCAGCGAUUCUGCACACCCCGCGGAGGAUGCACAAGUGGCAGCGACGCUGGCACCACUGUUGACGGUCCAGCAGCGCCUGAGGGAGGCGGAGCUGCGGCUCAAGGAAGCGGAGCGCCUCGUUGUGUCAAGGCUGCAAACGCAUUUACCCCUGCUGAUGCUUCAAGAUCCCCAGCCACAGAUCCCGGCAAGUGCAUACACCGCAGGCAACGGGGGCGGCACCAGCCCUGGCAACGGGGAGUCUCUGGAGUUUGUAAUCGAGGCCAGGGUGAAUUGGCUGGCCUUGUGGCGUGCCCUUUUCUUACAGUACUUCUCGCACUUCCUUGCUGGCAUUUCUGCCUCUAGUUCGUUGCUUUCGGGGUUCACCAGCCUCUUCGUGUACUGCAAAUACCGCCUUCUCCAGCGGCAGCACGAGGGGUCAGUCGCUGUCAGAUCACCGACUUCUCUGCUUGUUGUCGGAUCCUCAGCGGUCUUUCCUGCACGUGCCGAUGCGGCUGACGAGGCAGUCAAAGACGCCGCAGAGCCAACUGCGACUGCGCUGGGCGUGUCUUUCCCUGCAUCGGCUGCAACUUCAGCGGUAGCAACUGCACCAGUAAGGGCACUGGCACGGGAAGCAGCGGGCGCAGUCCGUCCAGCAGGGAAAGCACCACUCGAAGGUGGUCACGCCGCUGAGGCUGGGAGCUCAAGCUCUUCUGAGGGAAGCCCUGAGUGCACCAACAGCAGCAUGCACGAAGCCGGCAGUUCUCUGUUGCGGCUUCCCUCAACAGAGGCUCAUGGGGUCUCACAACUACCCAGGACAGCUUCGCGCUGGCUUAUUUCUGCUGCCUGGUGCCUAUUUGCCUCUUCGUGA